AUGGAUAUAAAAACACUUUUAAACACAAAUGAUGAACUUCGCGGACCUACCAGUCCAUCUCCUUCAAACACAACAAUUGAAUCAAUUACUGAUUCGGAACCAAUCGUAGAUAAUGACCGCCCAUACGAAUGUUCUUGGCCUGCUUGCGGGAAGGCAUUUUCACGUAGGUCCGACCUUGCUCGACAUCGACGAAUCCACACAGGAGAAAGACCUUACCAUUGUGAAUGGCAAGGAUGUGGAAAACAAUUUAUACAACGUUCCGCUUUGACGGUUCAUUAUCGGACUCAUACAGGUGAAAGGCCUCACAUUUGUGAAUAUACAAAUUGUAGCAAGUCAUUCAGUGAUUCUUCAUCAUUGGCCAGGCAUAGAAGGACACAUACAGGCAAAAGACCUUAUGUUUGCUCACAUUCAGGAUGCGGAAAGACAUUUACAAGACGAACAACACUUACGAGACAUCAAAAAUCACACGAUCCCCAUUGGAAGGAAUAUAAUACAGCAUUUGAACCACGUAAACAACCAAAUUCAAUCCCCAUCACGAUGUCCCGCGGAUGUAAUACCCAAAGCUACGGACCUCCAAGCCCUCCAAGUCCUCCUACUCCUACGGAUUGCUAUAAACCAGAAAUUCCUGCAGAUUUUCAUUAUCAGCAAAAUGCAGGAUAUCCUUUGAUCGGCAAUUAUGUUCUUCCGGCCAUUAGCUGUUUAUACUUACAACAGCCAUUGGACAUUAGCUUAACAUCCAGCACCCGUAUUACCGCCUUUAAGCCAGUCGUUAAAGAGAACAAUAAUGAUCCUUACAAAUUCGGCUAUCCAUCUCCCGUUGAGGCUCCAUUGUCAUUACCUACCAACCAUAACGAACGUGAUUUAUAUUUUGCCUCCUCCAUAAGAAUGGCUUAA